CUCCGUUGAGUCUUGUUAAAGGUGUCGCGCAUGCGCGUUACUAGCUUCCUUUUCCACUGUGUUCGCAAAAUUGCACAAGCACGUGUUGCAAAAUGCAGUUGUUCAUUCGUGGCACAGAGACUCAUGUAGUCCAGGUGACUGGGACUGAGACUGUUGAAGAUGUCAAGGCUUUGAUUGCUGAGAAAGAAGGCUUCAGUGUUGAAGACCAGGUAAUCCUCUAUGGAGGCAAGCCCUUGGUCAGUGGUCUCUUGUCGAGCCUUGAGGACAUGUCUACACUGGAGGUCAAUAUCAGGAUGCUUGGAGGUAAGGUCCACGGAUCCCUGGCUCGUGCUGGUAAAGUGAAAGGACAGACUCCUAAGGUUGAGAAGCAGGAAAAGAAGAAAAAGAAGACGGGCCGUGCCAAGAGACGCAUGCAGUACAACAGGCGCUAUGUGAAUGUUGUACAAGGCUUUGGUCGCAGGAAGGGACCCAACUCCAACACCUAAAUGAACUGUACAGAACUUGUUUAAAAUAAAUCCAAGCCUUUGGAAAGAAAAAUGAGCUUAUUUUAUUUCAUGUGGUUUUUGUUAAAAGAUUAAUUAAACUUAAAAUACAGCUUGAAUAAGUUUUGUAAGUGUGAUUAAUGUCAUAUGUAUAUAAUACAGCUUUUCCUGAUUGAGGGUACUAGUA